AUGCCUCCGCCCCCUCCGCCGCCGCCUCCGCCGCCUGGAGGCCUAGGUGGCCCUCCUCCCCCACCUCCCCCAGGAGGCCUGCCUGCUAGGCCAUCAAAGGGCGAGGUGAAAGGCCGGGGCGCAUUGCUAUCGGAUAUCCAUAAAGGCGCCCGAUUGAAGAAGACAGUCACCAAUGAUCGAUCAGCGCCACUAAUCGCAAGCUCUGGAGGAGGUUCAUCUGCACCACCUAUCGGCGGUGCGCCACCAGUUCCUGGGAUGAAGGCUCCUUCAGGGCUUGCACCACCUGUCCCGUCAGGUUCCGCGGCCAAUCGGUUACGAAGCAACAGUGAAGGAGUAUCUGGGUCAGAUGGAGGACUUGGCGGCGCAGCACCGCAAUUAGGUGGUCUUUUUGCAGGUGGAAUGCCAAAGCUUCGCAGCCGUGGCGGAGUCGACACUGGAGCCAACCGAGAUUCACCUUACAUGUCCGAAGGUGAAAUCACGCGACCUCCAGCUGCACCAGCUCCCAAACCUCCUUCCGCUCCUCGUCCUCCUGGAAGCCGCCCGCCAGCUCCGCCCUCUUCAGAGUCGCUACCUGCUCCUGCUCUCAAUCCAUUGAUUGCCAACCUCAAGAAGCCUCCUCCACGCCCGGCCUCAAGGCCAUCAUCUACAAUCUCCACAGCCCCUGCCAAGGCACCAGACGUCCCUCCUCCUCGCGCUCCUCCACCACCUCCAGGAUUGCGAAAGGCUUCUGGAGCCCCUCCCCCUCCUCCAUCAGCUAGCCCAGCAGCUCCUCCCCCUCCUCCCCCGCCCGCGCCUACAUCUUCCAGGGCUCCACCACCCCCUCCAGCUGCUCCUGGCCGACCAGGACCUCCCCCUCCCCAAUCUGGGGCUCCCGCAUCAAUUGCUGCCCAAGCAGCGCGCACUGCACUUGGCUCUACGAGUUCUCCAGUCGCUCCUCCCCCUCCACCACCUUCUGCGGCCCCAGCAGCUCCUCCACCACCUCCCCCACCAGUCUCAGCUCCCGCUCCUCCACCAAGCGAGCCUCCCUCUCGCCCAUUCCCCGGUCCUUCACGUCCGGUCUCACAUGAACCUCAUACGACACUAGAUCCCAGUGCAUACACACUUACCAACGGCGGCUCAUCUCCCGCACCUGGUCUGCGCGCCCCGUCUACGAACGGUCCAGUCCGAAUAGACGACACCCGGUUCAAAUUCCAGGGUGAUGGACUACUUCCUAAGCCUCGGCCAUUUACCGGAGGAGUGCGUAGGUAUCGUGCUGGGCGAGGUAGCAGUGUACCUCUGGAUUUGAGUGCGUUGAGUGGCUGA